AUGGAAGACUCCCGCCGACGUCAGCUUCAUAGCUGUGACCCAUGUCGCAAGGGCAAAAGAGGCUGCGACGCACCUAAAGAGCGACAAAAGAGCGCUUUCAGUUCGUGCUCGAACUGUACACGAUGGAAAAAAGAGUGCACAUUCAAUUGGAUCUCCUCAAAGCGCGUGGACUCGAGAGGGAGUCGAAAACGAAUCAAAUCGAACACUACAAACACAACUAUCGUAGGAUCUAAUGACGAAGCUCUUGACGAGAUACUGCGCCCUGCACAAACACAUCCUGCCACUCUCGGAGAAUUGCCAGAAUUGCUUGGCUCCCCUGAGACCUCAGAUUACGCCUCGUCCUCGUCCUCUUCGUACCCAGAAAAUCACUUUCUGGAGUCAUUCCAAAUCCCCAAUUCAAGCGAUGGCCAGUCUCAAUUAUUUCCUUGGACGAUGAACAUCCCAUACGAUUUGCAAAUUAAUAACUCAAAGCCACAUGGAUCUCCAGACUACUCCGUGGAAUCCGACGCCCAGGGUGAACUUUUGGAUUUGCUACCAGGUUCUGUCGAAAGCACGUACAGCUUAUUACCACAGCAUGAAUAUACACCCACUGCUGAUCUCAUAUCGACGGUUCCAAUGUGGAAACAGAGUCGACACAAAAAUCCAUCAGAGGCUGCGUCUGACCGAAGCUCAAACCCUGAACUACAAUGGAACUUUUGCAUCGCUUCCGAAAAUACAGCUAAGCAAAGCGCUCGUGCAACGAUGUCACGGAACCUAGUCCGCAUAUACCACGACAGCAUGGAGAAUGCUUUGUCAUGUUGGUUGACAGAGCAUAACUGCCCUUACAGCGACUCAAUCAGCCAAGUGGUUCCUCAUCAAGGGAUGAAAGAAUGGGGUCCAAAUUGGUCAAACAGAAUGUGUAUUCGAGUCUGUCGGUUGGAUCGUGUAUCAUCUUCAAUACGCGGCAGAGCGUUAAGUGCGGAAGAAGAUACAAAGGCAGCUCGAGCCCUUCAUCUAGCGAUCAUGUCGUUCGCAUCGCAGUGGACUCAACAUGCACAGAAAGGCACCGGUGCGUCAGUUCCUUCGGCAAUCGACCAUGAUGAGAGAGCAAUCCGAGAGAAAGUUUGGAACGAAGCACGCCACGCUUUAGAGCAUUCGAGCAGCAUUCCGUCUUUUCGCAUCGCCUUCGCAAACAUCAUUUUCUCUUUGACGCAAAGUCCGCUGGACAAAGGACAGGAAGCAAGCUUGGAAGAACUUUUGGAGAAUGAUCGUGCGCCAAUAUUUCUGGAAAACGCCAACCGCCAAAUUUUCACUUUUCGGCACAAGUUCACAAGACUGCAGCGAGAGGCUGCCCCCAAGGUGCGAGAGCUUGGGAGGGGGUCGAUAGACCCGACAACGAUAAACAUUCUGGAAAUGCCACAGCCGUCAGAGCCUCCGCAACUCGAUCCACUUCUGACUAGCCAAGAACACCGCACUACGCUAGACCUCAUGUUUUGGCUAGGCGUUAUGUUUGAUACCCUGAGUUCUGCAAUGUAUCAGCGUCCAUUAGUAGUCUCGGAUGAGGAUAGUCAAAUUUCAUCGGUCUCACCACCAAUAGCUGAGCCCGGGAAUCAACUUGAUUUGGAUCACUGGAAUAUUCCAAGAAGCAAGAUACGUGUGAAGCAGGAUGUGUGGGGUGAUUUCUUUCUUCAUUCUUCAAUGGAACGUCAAGGAUCGAGCCAAGUCCAGCCGAGGUGGCCAUGUUCCUACGAAGAAGCUGCAUCUGUACUUUCGGAGGCGACUCCUGUCAAGGUACUGCUCUAUCGUCGGGUGACGCAGCUCCAAACUCUGGUUUACCGAGGUGCUAGUCCCGAUCAUAUUGAAAAUGUCAUCCAAAAGACCCUCCAAGUCUGCCAGCACUGGGAUUCCACAUACCAGAGUUUCAUGGUCGAUUGCGUCACCAAUCAUGAACUGCUUCCUUCUCGCAUACAAUCGUGGUACGUCAUCCUCGACGGCCAUUGGCACCUCGCUGUGAUGCUUUUGGCGGACGUGCUAGAGAGCAUUGACAAAUGCAGGCUCGGCUCUGAUAUUGCAUGUGAAACUCGGCAAGCUACCCACUUGGUUGCUACGCUUAGAACGAAUAAUGCGUUAGCAGUCGGUGGACUUGCCCGGGCUUCAAUACAAGGGCAGGACUCGUUCAUGAACCGCCAUUUCCAUGAUUCUCUCAGUGAAGUGGCCUUCCUAGUCGAACCGUGGACGGCUGUGCUAGUCCAUUCUUUUGCCAAGGCGGGAUAUAUCUUGCUAGAAAAUUUCGAUGUUUCCGCAGAGCAAAAUGUGUAUACUGAGUGCUUGCGCCAGAAUUGUGAGUUUUCGAUCCGGGCGCUUCAAUAUCUCGGAAGAAAGUCCGAUAUGGCUUUUUUGGUGGCUCGGAAUUUGUCAAGAUCGUUAGAAUCAAAACGUGCCGAAGGAUAA